GGACAGAUUCCCUCAGAGUCAGUCAGUCAGCUACGCCACACUUGGCACGAAGCCACACAAGUAUUAUCCGGCUGAUAAGAUAUUUUUAGCUUUGAGGUUGAUCUAAGGGGCAGCCACCAUGACUGAGGAGAAGAACAGUGUGAAGAACGGUGCAGCCAACACUGAAAUGGCGCCCCAGGAGGACGGUACUAAGGUGCCUCUCACCAGUGAUGGACCAGAGGUAAAGUUUACAUCCAAUGAUCCACCAAAUGGAGAUGCCAAGAUUGACAUUCCACUGGCUCCAACCUUUAGUGGACUUACGAAAGAAGAGUUGAUGAAGUACAGCAAUGAUCCGUUUUGGGUCCGUCUUCGUUGGGCUUUGUUCAUUGUAUUUUGGUUGGGCUGGGUUGCAAUGCUGGUGCUGGCCAUUGUGAUCAUCAUUCAAGCUCCUCGCUGUGCACCAAAGGAGACCCUAGAUUGGAUUCAGGAGUCGGCCAUGAUUCAGUACGACGUGAACAACCCCAUUGAUGCCGACAUGUCUUCUGAUGCAACUCCUGACGACCUAGUGAAGAUUGCAGAAGAUCUGGGUAUUACAACAGUGUACAUAAAAGAUCUGAUCAGUCCCUUGAACUUUGAAAAUAUCAAUCCGUUGUAUAACAAGUCAGAUGUCAUGGCCAUUCUUGAAGCAGCAAAGACACAUGGUCUUCGUGUUGUGACUGACUCAGUGCCAGAUGAGGUGGCACCAGACAACAACUGGUACAAGAACCCUAAUAUGAGUGACUAUUUCAAGCACAAAUCUAGGAAAUUAGACUUUAGCAACUCUGAUCUUCUGGAGAAACUGACUGACUUGUUUAGUGGUAUCUGGAAGGAGAGAGGGAUCGGAGGAUUUUUGGUGGACAAUGCAAAUACAGAAGAAUUGGUCAAUGCCAGUAAAAUUCUGAAUGAUGCUUUGGAGCCAGCUGAUGGUGCUGUUGCUUAUGGGGUUGCAGACAUGGAGAAUGAACUGGUAGCAGGCUUUAAUGCCACGAAGUUCCGCAGCUUUCUUGAUGAUCACAUUAAUGACUGGUCUUAUUAUAGGUUCAAUCCCAAGCUGGCUGAAGGGCACAUUCCUGUUAAUGUGGUGCGUUUGGUGACUCUCUCGCUGUUCAUGGUACCUGGAACACCAAUCCUUGAUGGUUUUGAUAAAUCUUAUUUUGACAGCCAGAAGGAAUUUAUCAAGUCACUCUCCGAAUUAAGAGAGAAGGAAUCUGUGAAAGUGGGCAACUUGACGUUUGCGGAAUCGAAUGAGAGUGUUAUAGCAUAUGCCAGAGUGAUAAAGGGCACUCCUGGUUAUGCGGUAGCUGUCAACCUGAGUCCUGUCAGUAAUGUGACAGUUGACUUUACUGCAAUAGAAGGGGUGUCUGGAAAAGGAGACAAUUCUUUGAGAUCAACUUCUGAUGUGCCUGUUAGCAACCACGAUCUUGGGCGGUCAGACAUGUCUGCGGUGUUCUUAGAACCACUGGAGGGCAUAGUCAUACAGUUUGUUCCAAACCUCUAGAAGACAGCAGAUUUGCAACUAGUUUAAUAUUUGGUCUUAGACUGCAACAUUAAAGAACAUAGAUUUGUUUGGCUUUUAACUGCAACAAACAAACACAUAAUACUUUUUAACUGCAACAAACAAACACAUAAUACUGAUGUAUUCAGAUGCUCAGGAUAUUAUUCCUCUGCAGACAACCAUUACAAGCUGACUUAACCCACAGGAAACUGAUUAAGCAAAUAGGUUUUAAUUUGAAUAUGUAAACUUGAUAUUUUAAAAUGACAUCAAAGCUGUAUACAUCAGAUUUGUUAGUUUUAUGUAUUAGGACAUUGCUUUAUGCAACAGUUCUCGAUAAAUUUUUUUUAAUGUGAUUUUACCUUACAGUAAUACAAGUUAUACAUCUGUAAGGAAAAUGCGCUUGAAAGAUUUUAAAAGAGUUUGGCAGCUUGUGUUGUCAUGAAAUAAAAGAUAGAGAAAUAA